UUGAUUGAAAGAGGAUUAUGUCUUGGAAAACGAGGCUCGUCGCCCGCCGAAACACCAUCUUUUACGGCGAGCGCCCCACUAGAAACAUAUUGCCUGGCAUUUCGUUUUUUGACACAUUCGUUUGUAGCUGGUGCGGAUGCACUUUCUAAGAUUAAGGAAGAAAAUCAAAGGGGGACGAACGCAGUUUCGUAUCACCAGUUAAUUUAUCGCUAUAUUACGGAAGACGAGGGAGCAACGACAGGGGCGCUGCGAGCACUUGAUGCGCGACACUUCCUACUAGAGAAAACAGCACAAUGGCUGAGGACCGAAAUAAUUGCCAAGGGUUGGUUGGGCAGGCGCACACGGUAGAACAUGGUUCGCCAGCACCGACACUUUCAGGAAUUGGAUCGGUCGCUGGUACGAUAACGGCAACGAGAAACGUUCAUCGAGACGAUUCACCGCCUCGCGGACCACGAACCUUGUUGCUGCGUCGUGGCGAAAAUGGUUUCGGUUUCACUCUUCGUCAUUUCAUCGUUUAUCCACCAGAAUCUUGUUGCAUGCUACCAGGACACGAACGAACCAGAAUCGACGAACCGAUGGACACGAUAUUCGUGAAGCAAGUGCGCGGAAAUUCACCGGCAGCCGAGGCAGGGUUACGUACAGGCGAUCGUGUGGUUUCCGUGGACGGAAAACCAACGCGUGGUGAACAAUACGCGAAAGUUGUUCAACGUAUUCAACAGGCAGGACCCUGGCUGCGACUUUUGGUCGUUUCGAAAGAGGACGAUAUUUUACAGAGAUACUUUGGGGAGACUGCGCACAAUCCAGAAACGAACCAGCGGCCACGGUUGCGUUCUCCGGAGAGGAGCGGUGGCCCUAGGCAGCGCAGAUCAGUCAGCAUGAUUCCUGGUUUGUCACCAAGGACGAGGCAAUCUUGGGUUUGUUCCGGAGCAAGUUCAAUGCCGGAUCGGACAAUCGAUGAUGCUGUUUGCACUCGAGACCCAGAUAUUUGCUCGAGUGAAUUUUCCAAAGAACCAACGCAACAAAUGUGUGGUAAUAACGGCGGCGAUAAGACGCAGUCGCAAUCGACAAGAAAUGUGUCAUCGAUAUAUCGUUGUAAACCUUUUCAAGAAGCAACUAACCGGUAUGAAUUAUCAAUGGACGAGAAAGUACGAUUGCGAAAUCAACCACAACAACAACAACAACAACAACAACACUCUGUAAAAGAUGCUUCGAGUUCGAGCAGUGUUCAGUCAUGCGAUAGAUCGACACAGCCUGAAUCGAAGUACGAGAGGUACGACGUUUACGACAGGACACAGACCGAGUCUAUUUAUUCGAGAACAAAUAACGAACAGAUUUACGACAGGAUUAAAGAUCCGAUAUACGAGCGCGUCCGAUUCGGGGAGGCGAUACGAACGAACAUCGAGGAUCAAUCGCCUCCGCAGCAGCAGCAACAACAGUAUUAUCAAUCUCAUCAGCAACAUUCGAACUUGACGCGAUUUCCAUUGUCGCGAGCGGAACCACAGGUACCUAUUUAUCGGCCGGCUGCGAGAAGAGUGACUUCGCGCCGUGCUAGCGAAGGGAGUACCAGUAGCUCGACAAUGAACAAUUUCGAAACGGCCAGUUACGUUAGCACGGAUGCCCUUAGAUCUUGUGAACCUGGUUCUAGAUUCAGCAUUAACUCUAGAAGGGAUUCUUCUCCGGCGCGAAGCAACGAUCCACCUUCUUACGAUUCCAAUUUCACUUUGCUUGGGAACAGGAUGAACGGAGGUAGAAGCGAGAAUAGAAAUGGUAAUUUAACCGAGUGUAGAACGAACAAUGGUACUUUGAGCUGCGCAAGUGCCGGAAGUGCAACGGCUAUCGACGAUUCCGUCAUCAUGACGAGACUUCGAAAGAGUUUCGAGCAAAAGGAAGAAUUUUUGCGCAGACCGAGCCAUCCAAUCGGUUGGUUUCUACCAGAAGAGAGGCCGGAAUCUCCCAUUCGAAACAACGGUUCCGUAACUGCGGCUGCUACCGCGAUCCCACGAGAAUUUUAUGCGAGGCCGCAAAAGCUUCAGAAACAAAUUUGGCCACCAAACGAUCCAAAGCAGGAUCAACAGUCGUCGACUUUGAGAAACGUUGCUCAGGAGAGAAGCGUUACUGAUAGUAAACUCACGUCCGAUAAAUCCUCUUCUAAUCUAAAUAUUCAAAGGGUGGUAAAGAGUAGCAGCGGCGGUGGGAGCGGAGAGACUGAGUACUUUGGUUCUCGAAACGAGCUACUGCUUGAAGAGUCAUCGAUCGCUGCACCAGUUCACCCAUUGGAACAUCAUGCGCAUCAGCAGAUGAUCAGUGAUCCCGUAGAUACUACUCCGUCCGUUUACGAGGAUUGUCGCGAUUUGUACGGUUCGAAAGAGUUGUCUGAUAGGCAUCAGCAGCAAUUGCAACGAAACGUUGGAAAAUCGAACAACUUUAUUGGAACUUUGUCAAGGAUACACGAAAAUGUGGCGAGCGUUGGGGUUCGACUCUCGGGUGAACGACAAUCGAUGGAAGCGAGAAAUGGUGCUUCUUCUCUACCUUCGUCCCCUGGGCCUGACAAAAAAGUAAGCGACAAGUUUCCGACUCUGCCGCCAGGACUUCAAAUCGUAUCAAAACGAGCAAAGCAGUUCGAAUCGGGACGCUUAUUGAGUGACGAUGACGAACCGACCGGUGAUCGAACCAACCUGUACAAAAGCGAACUUUCGAGAUUGUCGAAUAAGCGUAGCGUUCCAAAUGUUGCCGUUCGAAAGAGAGAAUUCGAAUCGAAAGCCGAGGCUCAAGAGCCGAGAAGAAUAGUAGCCAUGUCGACCAGGGAAACGAAAUCCUUGGAUAUCGGUAGCGGAUUAAAAGGAAACAGAGUAAUUCCUGUAGGCAGCAGACGCAUCCACUGUGAACCACCGACCGACUAUAAGAUUCUAGAAGAGACACCGAAUUCAUCGAGGAUCAUAGAGGGCGAAACUAUACGACCGAGAAUUCGUAGUAACAGCGCGGAAUCAUGGGAAUCGACGAGUGCGAGUAAUUUGUCGAUGAUAGACGGCGGUAGACAUCAAUGGCCACAACGGCAGGACGAAGACAGCGAGCGAAAACGAGAUAAUACGAACGAGGAGGAUGGUGGUGGUGAUGACGGUUACGUUGACGCGACGAACGCUGUAGCUACCGGUGGAAAAGAAAAAAUGCACGAGAAAGGAUGUUGUAGAAGGCAGCAACAGCAAGAUGGUUAUGCGCAAAUCAUCGAAACCGAUCAUGGUGUCCAUCCGUCGGAUAAUGACGUGCACGGUAACGGAGUUGUAUUCAGGCGACAGAAAAACACGCAAACUGCUGAAGAAGAUCGUGCUACAAGAAGAGUGUCGUACUUGAAAGCAACUUGGGGCGAACGAAUACACGUUGACAGUGAUUUGGAACUGAGCGAUUCCGAGCCAAUCAUUCACCCUUCUAGAGGCCUUUAUAAAAGAUGGCGGUUACCGCUGCUUCCAAACGAUAUAGCAUCGCUGCGACGCAUCUUCGAGGAAAUGACUCAGUCGUCGAGCUUAAACAGAAAUAUUAAUCGCAAUAAUACAUGCACUAGUCGGGAAGCACCGCUUGGCGGCAUCGUGAAAGACAUCGAGCAAGUGGAACGAGAGGGGCCUCUUCAUGUGAAAUUUACCGUACUUGAUGGCAAGGUAAACACGCAUAAGUUGUCACGUGCGAUAUGCGUGCUUUUGCUUAUGGAUCGUUCGUGGAAGCAGGUAUGGGGCGUUCUUCGUGGACCGAUUCUUUUCUUUUACAAGGAUCGUCAAAAUCAGUGUCCUUCGUUGGCCAACGACGGUGAGAAUGUAUCUCAAAGCGUAGAUGUAAGAUGUUCCCUUGUAGAUAUCGCGGAGGAUUAUACGAAACGCAAACACGUAUUACGAUUGGCGAAUCCAAACGCAGAGGUAUUGCUGCAGACCGAAGACGCGGCGUCUAUGGCUCUCUGGUUACGAUCUCUACACCAGCACGCUGCCGCUGAAAAACCGUCGGAAAUCGCGCACAAUAGCACUUUGAAGCAACAAGCUGUCCCACAAACUCCAGGUCCUACCAGUAGUUCCUCGACGUAUCAAACGAUCGUCGGCGGGAACACCAGUACGAUGGCGAUAUCGAGCGCUGGUGGUGGUAGUGGUAGUCAACGAUUGAGUCCCCUGCCAGGACACAAGGGUAUUAAGAAAUUAACGUCGUUCAGGAAUAGAUCACCGACCGGGCAAUCACCAAUAAACAAGACGCGGAAACCCAGCCAAACGAUCGAAAGUUUGGUUUCUCCAAAGACGAAGACGUGGAAAGGUAGAGUGGCGAAACAAUUGCGAAGAAUGCAUGGUCAAACUGGAUCUCCAUCUUCGCCAACCACGCAACUACCACCAGAAGGUGCUACUUUCAAAGUGCCACUAGAGCUCUGUCCACCGUCGUCAUUCUCCGAAUACGUACCGUUAAUAGUGGAAAUGUGCACAAGUAUCGUCGAGGCGAGAGGUCUCGAAGUUGUCGGUAUCUACAGAGUACCCGGUAAUACUGCUGCCAUUUCGCAUCUAACGGAUAGUGUGAACAAAGGUUUCGAGAAUAUCAAUCUUCAGGAUCCUCGGUGGAGCGACGUGAAUGUGAUAUCUUCCCUCCUUAAGUCUUUUUUCCGGCAGCUUCCCGACUCGUUGUUGACCGCGGAAUUAUAUCCAAUGUUCAUCGAUGCCGAUAAAGUCGAAGAUCCUCAACGAAGAAUGACUACGAUUAGGAAACUGCUGAGAGAUCUGCCGGAACAUCACUUCGAAACACUAAAAUAUUUGAUGUUUCACCUGAAAAGGAUAGUGGAACACUGUGAGGUGAAUAAAAUGGAAGCUAAGAAUUUAGCGAUCGUGUUCGGGCCAACGUUGGUGCGAGCCAGUGGUUCCAGGGACAAUAUGGUCACUAUGGUCACUGACAUGUCGCACCAGUGCCGGAUUGUUGAAAGCUUGUUGAAUAACGUUGACUGGUUCUUUUCGGACGAUGAUUUGGACGAUUUGAGCAGACUGAGCGUUAAUCUCAGCUUACCGGCGGCGGACACUAGCGAGAUAGAGACGACAACUUCCGCUAAUAAUCAUAAUCUCUUGUUGAACAAUAUUCAAAAGGUCGAGGGUAGUGGUGGUGGUGGUGUACGCGAAAUGGCAUCUGCGAAGGACAUAGUGUCUUCCAUCAUAUCCGCUGCGAAUCGAAAGAUACAAAGAAGAAGAAAGGGUCAAGACGAAACAGACAACAACGAAAGUCACGAGAUCGAUAAGUCGAGGACGAAACAGGAAGGAGAUGAAAGCCUGCUGUCAAAUCGACGAAGCAUGGCAUUGAACGAGAGGCAAUGUUCCGUGAGCGAAAUCGUGUUGAUGCACGAGAAUAAGUCGAAUCGUUCUAAUUCCGAUGAUCGAUCUCCGACAACGAUCGAUGGGGGAGUUACGAUUACGACGAUCGCUGCCACCGCUAGUAUUGGUGACAACGAUGGGCUAAUAACUGAUCCUGUAGUUAACAGUCGCGAUGAUGUUCUGCUGUUCGACAAGUCGAAUAAGUAUUUGAGUCCUACGGUCGAAUCGAUUCAACCGACGACGACUAGUCAUCGCUCGGCCGUCUCGUCUGCCUCCGAGUCGUCGUCGCGACUCUCUAGCGAGACUGGCCUGAGCUGCUUCGACGCGAGUUCGACGCUUUCGAGCGCCUCGAAUGACACAAAGCAAAGCAACGACGAGAUCGCGAUAAGAACGUACGCUGGAUUAAGCGCGACUACCCAAGAACGUAUACGAAGAUUCGAACAGGAAACGAAAGCGAUGUUACAGAGGGAUCAAAAUCGACAGAGGCGGGAAGCGGAAAGAAGAGAGGAAGAACGACGAAGGAUCGAGAUGGAAUGGCAAUUGGCGAAACGCGAAAUGGAAAACGAUGAUCUGCUCGACAGUAUCGUGGAUACCGCUGUGACGACAGCGAUGCCCACUACGUACCUUUCAUCCACGGCUCGUUUUUCCACUUUCAAUGAGCAAUCUUUCCUGGACGUUGGCUCCCGAUCGACUACUCGAAUUCCACCGCUCUCGAUAGCUGUUCAGCAACAACCUACGUCCGUUAGACGAGUCUCGCAAGUUGCCGACGAAUCGAACUGCGACGUUAUGAUUUUGCCCCCGGAGAACGUUUCAAGUACCAUUCUAAAGAAGUUAAAGACCGACACAGAGCAGGUAUUGGAAUCAUCGAUCUCGUCGACGUUACCACCGCCAGUUCGUUACGGCAGCUUGGAUUCUCUACACGAAACGCUCAGCGUCUCUCUGUCGCCACUUUCACCGACCAGUCAACAACGAAAACCCCUUUCAAGCGAUGUCUCGGACGAUGGUAGCGAUCUCUUGACCAGCUUGACGACCACGUUCGAUCGUAAAUGGAGAUCCCUGGUAAAUUCGUCGAAUCAAAACAUGGCUCGUGGAUCUGGCCCAGAAAACAACAACGUGUCCUCGUCCCUUAGCGAGGACGAGGACUUGGUGGCAGCUGGUGCAGUGACGCGAGAUUCGCGGAACUUGCGAAACGCACGUGGGGGAGGGCUGCACACUAGAGGAGAAGAGAAGAACGAUGAGCGUAAGGCUAACAAUAAGAUGAGCGCUGUUCAAUCCACGGGUUCCUGUUCGGUGGUCGAGAUUUAUAGGGAUCCGAGUCUUCAUAAAACGUCCAUCGAGAAGCAUCAUCCAUAUGUUCGUCAAAAAAAUGAUGCCCCGGAAAAGGAUACGGAUUCAUCGGUAACGGAGAAUAACGGCAUGGUCAAUCGACGGCUUGAUGAUGAUGUGCCAGACAACGAUCGAAGCGCCAUUGUACGACGAAGAAUUGAAUCAAAGCAAGAGCAAUUGCGCUCGAGCAAAGAAACGAUCCAAGAGCCAUCAUCGGAUACGAACGAGUCACAAGGAUGCUGUAGGAUCGAGAAAGAGGUGACGUCUUCGGUAUUGUCCGACGAUAUGAAAGAUAUUCGACGUGAUCUCGAUGAUUCCAACUACUCGAACAAACUCGAGAAAUUCGAAAGUCUGACGAACAACUUGGAGGUGAGAUCACGACUAAAGAGAUCGGAGUCUUUGAACAAGAGAUCGGAAAACACCUCGUCCAAGUUGAAGAGGUCCGAAAGCUUGAACAAGCAUUCUGCCGAAAGACUCUCGUCCCCGACUAAUGGCAAGCUGAAACGGUCCGAAAGUUUGAACAAGCAUUCGGAGAGAUCCGAUUCUCCGAACAGUAAAUUGAAACGGUCAGAGUCGUUGACGAAAACUGAGAAGACCGAAUGUAACAUUAGCAAGAGACGGCAAUCCGUUCGAAAGGAUAGCGCAACGAAACUGAAACGAAAGAACGGUAUGCCAGAACGAUCGAUUAAACGUAGACACACCGUAGGCGGUACUAAGGACUUCGACAAAGUACACUGGUUGGAUAACAAGUUACAGGUCGAGACCGAGAGGGUCGUUAGAAACGAGUAUAGACCGAAGAAAAGUCAAUUGCGUACAAGUUCGCCGGAUUUGAGUACCAGUCGUAUCGGUCUCACCGAUGCUGCCAGUUUUCUCAUCGAAGUCAGCUUUCGUGGCCCGAGCAACGUCGUUUUUAACGUAACUAACACUCGUCCACAAUCCUUGCCGGAUACUAGCUUAGCUUCCAAAGUAUUUAAAGUACCUCUCGAGAGUCACGUGUAACGUAUUCCACGUCGUUGUAAUGAAGCAGAAGGAGAAGACGACGACAACGAUGAAAAACCGAUGCGAAAGUAGAGUCCGCGAACCUCGGAAAGAUGAUCGAUUGUUAAGCACCAACGCGUUCCCUUUUUUUUUCAUUUCUUUUUCUUUCAAGAAGCAUUUAUAUCGCAGCGUGUCAAUUACUUAUUUACCUAUCGUACUUGUAAAUCGUGAUCGUGUGCAAUCUUUUUGUAUAUAUCCAUAGCGUACGUAGAUUAUGAAACUGUCGAAUUGUGGGUAGGGUGUGUGCGGAUGCGCGCGUGUCGUUAUCAUCGCUACAACGGAACGACUGUUUAACACGCGGAAUUUGUAUUUUUUUAAUAACGGAAUACAACCGUAUUUCACGUAGCUUUGCGUUCAAUCAAACGCAUCGGCUGUGUGACCAAAUCGAUC